AUGGUGGGAAUAAACUGUGGAGGAACCAACGUGCUGCCGAGUUUCUGUUUACGGGGAAAACUAGAAACGUUGAGCUGGAUAUGAAUCAAACGUCUUAACGCCGGCCGGCCAACCGGCCGCCACGCCUUCAGGACGAGGAUAAAUGAGAACCUGAGGAGGUUGAUCCACCGAGACGCCGACCAGCUGCAGGAUGAGUUCUGCUCAGAGUCUGGAGGACAAACUGGAGGCUCUGCAGAGCCACUUCACCUGGGAGCUCCAACCCUCCAGGUCCAAACUGACCUACCUGAGGAUCCGACUGGAGGACAUCGGUACUGAGGAGGGGAACUUCUGGCUGGGUCACGUCUACAACCUGCUGGGCUUCAUCCAGUACCAGCUGGGCUCCUCUGAAGACACCCUGAACCUCUUCAACCGGGCCGCUGAGACCUCCCAGAGGCAGAAAAACGCUGAUGAAGGUCCCUGGUUGAUGGUGAACUUUGGGAAUCUGGCCUGGCUGCACCAUCACCUGGGAGAAGAUGAGAAGAGUGAAGACUACCUGUCAAAGGUCGACGGUCUGAUGAGGAAAUACCCAGCUCCACCUGAGUUAGAGCUCCACCCAGAGGUCUUAGCUGAGAAGGCCUGGACCCUGAUGAAGUUUGAUAAAGAGAAGAAGCAGCAGGCUUUAGAGCUCUUCCAGAGAGCCAUCCGGAUGCAGCCGGACACCGUGGAGUGGCGGAGCAGCUACGCCAUACUAUCAACAGAGUUCCUCACAAAACGCCAGACCAUCUUAGAGCCUGAAGUCUUUGAGAGACUGAGAUCAGCUAAAGAACAAGAUCCAGGUAACUUAUAUGUUGCUGCUCUUUAUCUGGAGGCACGCGCUGCAAAACAAGAACAAAUCCAUGAUGAAGCAAGAGAGUUAGCUGAGAGGAUACUGGAGAGACCGAUGAACGGCUACUGUGGAUUUGGUCCAUUGCUACGUCUUUACAGAAAGCACAUCUCUAAAGAUGAAGCUGUUGAAAUAGCCAUAGAGGCUCUGAGGAGACAUCCAGACUCACGAUAUACCAAAAAGUCUUCUGCAAAAUGCUACAGAAAGCAGAUCUUUGGUAAACAAAGUAACCCAGAUGGCAGCAGGAUGGAUGAAGCAAUCUGUCUGUGGGAUGAAAUGAUUGCUGCUCAUCCUGAAUCUGGCCUUAAAGACAAAAUUACUCUAGCAGAUUUACAUGCAACGCAACAAAAGACAAAAGACAAAGCUGACGAGAUUUACAAAAAGCUGCUGGAAGAAAGAGAAGAUCUGGAUCCAGCAGGAUUACAGAUGCUUUACUGUCGCUACGCAAAGCAUUUAUACUUCAGCGGACACGAUAGUGGCAGGUCCAUCGAGUACCACAUGAAGGCAGCAGAGAUCCAGGAAACAUCCAAGUAUCGACAGAAGAGCCUCAGGCAGCUGAAGACGACUGUGAAGAGAAACACAAACCCUGAGCUGUACAGGAGGAUCAGGGAGGUUGAGACCAGCCUGAGGAAUUUUUGUUUAGUGGAUGAACCAGACCUGCCUGUGAUUGGCUGGUGGUGCGACUCAUUUACUGCAGACAGAGUGAAGCGCAAACCCGAACACCUGAGCGAGCGCGAAGGACUGGAAAGUUCUGGCACCCGACCUUUCCCCUGCUCGCCUGUAAAGGAACCGGGCCAGAGCCCAAGACUUGGGAAAGAAUCUUUGUUUGGACAGAUAAGGAAUCAAACCCAACAGCAAAGAUCUGAUGCAGAGAGUCUCACAAAGAAGAUCCUUUCUAAGGACUACAGAACUGACAGCAACGAGAUCAACGGAGCAAUCAGACUCUGGGAGGAAGUGAUUCAUAAUGAUCCUCAACCCAAACUUGAAGAUAAAAUCACUUUGGCGUCCAUACAUGCAAAGCUAGACACAAAGAAAGCUGAGCAGAUUUACAAAGAGCUGCUGGAACAAAGACAAGAUCUGGAUCCAGCAGGAAAACAGAUGCUUUACAACGUCUACGCCAAACAUUUAUUCUUUAUGAAAAAUAACAGCUGCGAGUCAAUUGAGUACCACAUGAGGGCAGCAGAGAUCCAAGAAGAGUCAAAAUACCGACAUUCCAGCAUCACAGAACUGAAGAAGACCUUAACAAGAGAAACUUCCAGAAGAAACGGAGACGCUGAUCUGUGCAAACGCAUCAAGGAGCUUCUGGCCAGACUGGGAAUUUAACCUGCAACCCAGAACCACUGAAUGUGAUCAGAACACAUUCUUAAACUAUUUCACAUUAGCAUCAAAUAUAAGCGGAAUAAUUUAGAUUAGCAAGUUGUUUUCAUAUCUAUGAAUGGGUCUUCUUCUGUAACUUGAUUUUUUGCUAAAUAAAAGUUGGAGUUUCA